CGUCCGUCGUGUGACCACUGGUGUCUGAGCUUCUUUUGUGUUGUUGCUGCAUACAAAUAAUAACAAUAUCACAAGGAUUACAAAGAAGAAAAACACUCGAUUACGCAUCAACCUCGGGGGAAGGCUGUGGCUGGGUCCGCUGGCUGGCUGGCUGGCUCUGUGACCGGACCAUAACUUAACUUGUCCGCAUUCCGUUAGAACUUGCAGUCAGCGCACAUCAUCGAUGCCUUUUCGCACACGUCUCCGAGCGCCUGUCAUGGAAAACGGCCGUCACACGUUCUCCGUGGCGGAUGAGCGAUCGCAAAACUCCUAGACGUCGCCGCUUCGCCCAAACCGCCGCUCCGAUGGUCGGAUAGCCGACGUCGUCAGAGGCGUCGACGCUCGUUUGAUUGCCCGGCGGCGGCGAAGACGCGGGCACCGUAACCGUUCAUUGAUAUGCGAGAUAUUCCGAUUUAUUGAAAGAUAUUCGAAAAAGAAUAAAAUAAGGAAAUAGAUGAAGACGCAGCGAGGAGAGAGUUGAGUGCAAAUCACUGCAGCUCGUCCUGGACAAUUUAGGAGGCGCUGGGAGACAACGUCUCAGCGUUAGGCAAUGCCAUGUAAAGCAGCGUGCAGGUAUGACUGAUCAUAUGCUGUCUCUGUCCGCCUGAGGCGGGCUGACUUGUGUCUUUUUUGUUGCUCAUGACGGCAAUAUGGAAAUAAAUAUGAAGUGACAUAUUUAUUUUUCUCCUCCACGAUGUCCAAGAAGAACUCGAACGACGAUUGACACCUGGCUGUCUCAUCUCAGCGUUACCAUGUAGUGUCUCGACAGUAACAGACACUGCGCACACUUCUAAAAACAGCGUUAUAAUACCCGAUUCCAACGCUGAAAGGACCGCUUCGGAGCGCAAAAAUGGGACUGUGAUCCGGGCCAGGAGCUCGGAGAGGCGGGUUGUUUAUGUGUAGUCUGUGCUCCGUGCGCGCAGACUGGACGUGAGCAGUUGCGAGGUGAUUUGUAAAAGACAUGGCUGCUGCCAUCGCUAGUGGCCUGAUCAGGCAAAAGCGACAGGCACGAGAGCAGCAUGUAGACCGGCCCGCCACCAACCGGCGGCGAAAGAGCCCCAACAAGAACAAAGGGCUCUGCAAUGGGAACCUGGUCGACAUCUUCUCUAAAGUGCGCAUCUUCGGCCUCAAGAAGCGACGACUACGGAGACAAGAUCCCCAGCUCAAGGGUAUAGUAACCAGGUUAUAUUGCAGGCAGGGAUACUACUUGCAAAUGAACCCCGAUGGAUCUCUUGAUGGGACCAAAGAUGACAGCAGCAAUUCCUCUCUGUUCAACCUCAUUCCUGUGGGUCUCCGCGUCGUCGCCAUCCAGUCCGUGAAGUCAGGGUUAUACAUCGCCAUGAACGGGGAGGGCCAUCUGUACACAUCAGAACUCUUUACGGCGGAAUGCAAAUUCAAGGAGUCUGUAUUUGAAAACUAUUAUGUCAUCUACUCGUCCAUGUUGUAUCGACAACAAGAGUCGGGGCGAGCGUGGUUCCUGGGCCUGAACAAAGAUGGCCAAGCCAUGAAGGGGAACCGAGUAAAGAAGACCAAACCAGCCGCUCACUUCCUGCCCAAGCCAUUAGAAGUCGCCAUGUACAGAGAACCCUCGCUGCACGACGUCGGAGAGACAGUGCCCAAGGCGGCGGCGGCGGCGGCGGCGGCAGCAGCGGCGGCCGCGGCGGCGGCCGGGGCCGUGGCCGCCACCAGUAAAAGCACAAGUGAGCCGGCGAUGAUGAACGGGGGGAAACCGGUCAGCAAGCCCGACAAGCCUGCCACAUAGCCACACCUGACCAGCGCAGGGUGUGUGUGUGUGUGUGUGUGGUUGUGUAUACGCGUGCGUGUACACCUCUGUGUGUUUGUGUGUGUGUGACAAAGAGCGAGAGCGAGAGAGAGAGAGGGGCGCUUGCAGUGGUGGGA